AUGUCUUUCUCCAAGAUCGCUGUUGUGGCUGGUGCCGCUUUUAUCUCUGGUGUUGCUGCUCACGGACGUGUCCAAGGUAUCACUGCUGAUGGAGUUUGGUAUGAGGGUUAUAACCCAGCUUUCCAAUACGAACAAGUUGCACCAGUUGUUGCUGGGUGGUCCGAUCCAACUGAUCAAUCGAAUGGUUUCAUUGCACCAGAUGCUUAUGGUACAUCCGACAUCAUUUGCCACUUGGCCGCUACCAACGCUCAAGGAUACGUUAAUGUUACUGCCGGAAGUGAGGUCAACUUGCAAUGGACUGUCUGGCCUGAUUCGCAUCACGGUCCAGUCAUUGACUACCUUGCUGCCUGUACCGGAAAUGAUUGUAAAACUGUCGACAAGACCACCCUUGGAUUCUUCAAGAUCGAUGGUGUAGGACUUGUCAAUGAUGCCACCGUCCCAGGUACAUGGGCAUCUGAUCAGCUCAUCGCCAACAACAACUCCUGGUCUGUCACCAUCCCAGAGUCCUUGGCACCAGGUGCCUACGUUCUCCGCCACGAGAUCAUCGCUCUCCACUCCGCUGAGCAAGCCAAUGGAGCUCAAAACUACCCACAAUGUGUUAACCUUUGGGUUUCCGGAACUGGAUCCGCUGUCCCAGCUAGCGCAGAUACCGUUCUUGGUACAGCUCUUUACACUGAGACUGAUGCUGGUGUUAACGUCAACAUCUAUGCCUCCCUCGCUUCUUACGAUGUUCCAGGUCCUACUCAAUGGGCUUCUGCUACUGCCUCCGUUGCUCAAGGUACUUCCGGAGCAGUUGCCACCGUUGCCGCUGUCGUUUCUUCCGCUGCUUCAUCUGCUGCCGCUGUUGCAACCUCAAGCGCCGCUUCUUCAGCCGCUAUCGUCGCCUCUUCUUCCGCUCAAACCACGGCCGCCGAAGUUGCCGCUACCAGUUCCGCUGCUAGCGUUGUCUCAUCAGUCAUUGCCAGUUCCGCAGCAUCAGUUGUCACUUCUGCCCCAGCUGUUACUGCUGCCCCUUCAAGCGUUGUUACUGAUAUGAUCACUGACUACGUUACCGUUACCGAUGUCGUAACUGUUACCGUCACUGCAUAA